CAGCGCCGGCGCCGCCGGCGAUCUCGGCUGCGCCGCCGCCGGCGCCCGAGCCGGAGUACCCGACGGUCAGCAUCGCCGACCUGCUGCGGCCGCCCGGCCGGCUGACGCGGCCCACUAACCUGGUGAUCGUGCUACGCGGCCCGCCCGGCUCCGGAAAAACAUACACGGCCAAGCUGAUCAAGGACCAGGAGGUGGCCAACAAGGGCAGUGCCCCUCGCAUCCUCUCGCUGGACGACUACUUCUGCACGGAGAAGGAGAAGGCUGUCAGGGACCCGGUCACAGGGAGGUCCGUCACCAAGAAGGUGAUGGAGUACGAGUAUGACGCUGAGCUGGAGGAGGCCUACCGGGCCUCGCUGCAGAAGGUCUUCAGGAAGACUAUUGACGACGGCUUCUUCCACUUCAUCAUCCUCGACUGCGUCAACGCCCGCACCGAGCACUACGACGACAUGUGCAACUACGCCAAGAACAGGGGUUUCAAGGUGUACGUGGCGCAGAUGGACAUGGACGUGGCCGCGUGCCACAAGCGCAAUGUGCACGGCCGCUCCCUGGCGGACGUGCGCCAGGUGGUGGAGCGGUGGCAGCCGACGCCGGCGCGCUUCAUCCGCGUCGACGUGCGGCCCGUCCUUCAGGACGACAGCAUCCAGGAGGUGGAGAUGGAGGACACGCCUGUCGAGGAGCCAGCUGGCGAGAAGGACGCGCAGGAGCAGACGCCGGCCGAAGAGUCAGCCACCGUCAGCAAGUGGGAAAAGAUGGACCCGUCCGAAGAACGAUUAGACAAGCUGGACGGCGUGAUCGGCGCCAGGAAGAGGAAGGAGUCGCACCCACAGACCAUGCAGGACUACCUCCAGCUGCCUGAUGACUACGCCAGCCGCGCUGCCGGCGCCGGCAACAAGAAACGGGUACGCUGGGCCGACCUGGAGGAGGAGAGCCAGCAGCGCAAGAUGCGUGACAUGGGUUUCGUGGUGGGCCAAACGGACUGGCGGCGGAUGACAGACCCCACCUUCGGCCAGUCAGCCCUCACAAGAACCAAAUACAUCUGAGCUGGCCGGCCGGCCGCCCCGCUGGCUCGCUCGCUCUCUGUCUGUCCAUCUGUCUGUUUGUAUGUGUCUGUCUGUUGUACAAUAAACGGGGCGGUGUCGCGCUGCGGCGGCGGUGUGGCGCGGCGCAGGUGGGCGCGGCCGGCCUCGCGCCACCGCUAGCGAGGCGUCCGACGGAGGCGGCGCUGGCUCUGCGCCCGCGCGCUGGUAACGCCGCCAUUCAGCGCGGGGUUGGCUGAGUGUGGUCACGACAGGCCUGAGUGGUAGUCAGCCCGUGUCUGCGAGUCAUGACUAGUGGUAGUCAGCCGGUGUCUGCGAGUCAUGACUGGGAAUGCGACGAGUGGCUCGCACAGCUGGACAUGACAGCGGCAGACCAUUGCUUGCGGAGGAGCGGACGACUGUGGGAUAAGAACCGACCGAGCGGAUAUCUGAUCACUGACCCCAGGUCACGCCCCGCGGCGCGGGUGGCGAGGUCUUGCCUGACCUCCGCGUUUUGUUCACCUGGGCGAGUGGGUGUUCGCACGGAGCCGGAGCUCAAGCUCUCCAUCUCACGAUAUGGUUCAUCAUGCGCAUCGUUUCGUGGAAAAGCAUCUGCGACCGCUGUACCCUUCGCUGUCCGGCAUGAAAGCCAGCGCUCGACCGUCUGUUUAACCAGCUGACUAUUUCAGAACUGCACUUUGUAGGUCUUGUGGAAAUCUGUGGAGCAGGCUCGUAUCUUACGCGGCGAAAGUCGAGAAAACAUCGUUGCUGUUCAUGCUCACGAUGCGCGGCAUCGCCUCCUCGUCCAACAACGGUGUGGAAGUCUCGCCCCGGACGCCGCGGUCGUUCGAGGCGAGGCUCCUCGCUUGGCGCCCGUGCCAGACGCAGCACGCGAGGCGAGACGGCGCUCGCGGCUGGCGCCGGGCCGCGUCGUUGCGGACAGCGCCGGCCCGAUCAGCCCCUGGAGUGCGUGUCGUGCGUGACCUGGCGCUAGGCUGUAUGCGGUCAUCUGUCGACAAUACAUGUGCCGCGGUC